AUGAAUAUGGCGGCCCAAAACAAACCUCGCGUAGUCUCUCAGCGAGCACAAACGGCGUCCGACGCCACAUCCAACAACCUGAUGUGGGAUAUCAUGAACGACCUGUGGUGCCCGUCCGCCAAUCCCGAGGGCUACGUCAAUGUCGGCGUCGCAGAAAACGCCCUGAUGCACGACGAGCUUCUCAAAUUCCUGAACAAGAAACUAGAACUGCCCGCAGACUAUCUCACAUACAACGACGGCGGAGGCGGAUCGUCGCGGCUGAAAAAGGCGAUCUGCCAUUUCCUCAACCACCACAUGAAACCAAUCAAACCGCUUGAACCGAGCCAUCUCAUCGUCACAAACGGUGUUUCGCCCGCUAUCGAGCAUGUAUCGUGGGCAUUUGCUGACCCCGGCGAAGGGAUAUUACUGGGUCGACCGUACUACGGGACAUUUAUCCCAGAUAUUUCACUGCGGCCGGGAACGCAGGUUGUCGAGGUUGCCUUCGACGAUGUGGACCCAUUCAGCAUCGAAGCAGUUGCAAAGUAUGAGAAGGCUCUUUUACAAUUCCAGGAGAAUACUGGAAAGAAUGUCCGAGGACUCAUGCUCUGCCACCCACAUAACCCACUGGGGCGUUGCUAUCCUCGCGAAACAAUUAUUGGAUUGAUGAAAUUGUGUCAACAGUACCAGAUCCACCUCAUCAGCGACGAAAUAUAUGCCCUGUCGGUUUUUGAAAAUAGAGUGGACCAUAACGGACCACCCCCUGUUCAAUUCGAGUCCGCUUUGUCCAUCGACAUCACCGGAAUUAUCGAUCCUGAGCUGGUUCAUAUCCUCUGGGGAAUGAGCAAAGACUUCGGUGCCAAUGGGAUUCGCGUGGGCGUUCUCAUUUCACAGGCGAAUCCAGACGUGCAUCUAGCACUGAAGAGCAUCUCGUUAUAUUCCUACUCGUCUGGAAUUGCAGACCAUCUAACCUCGCUUCUACUCGAGGAUAAAGCGUUCACAGACGCGUAUAUCAAAGAGAAUCAAAAGAGACUGGGGGAUUCUUAUGCGUAUACCGUGGACAUUCUCAAGGGCGAAGGCAUCGAACAUGCACCAGGCUGCAAUGCCGCGUUCUUCCUGUGGGUAAAUUUAGGGAAGCGAUAUCGUGAGCUACACCCUGGUAUUCCAGAUGGCGACCGGGUGAGCGAUAAAGUGAUGCAGCAGCUUUUACAACGCAGGGUCUUCCUGGCGAGUGGGGAGCUGUUCGGGGCUGAGAAGGAUGGCUGGUUUAGAAUUGUCUUUACACAUCCCAGGGAGUACUUGAAAGAGGCGUUAGACAGGAUAUAUGCAGCCAUCAGAGAUUAA